UGCGCUGAUAGUAAACCGGAAGUAAACAAGCAGUUUUCCGCGUGGAGCCGCAGAGGAGUUUUAGACGCUUCAAACAUCACCGUCUCCUGCCAUGAAGCCUCCCUCCCAUCAGGAGAAGAGAAGGUCACAAGUAGAGAAAAGUCCUUUACCUGUCGACAUCGAUGCACCUGAGCGGGUCAAGAAGAAGAAGAAGAUCCAGAGGGAGGAAGCGGUCAGUCUUCCUCUCUCUGCUGCCGAUGGAGAUACAGGCAGCCAGAAGAAGAAGAGAAAGGAGAAGCAGGAAGUGGUCAAGGAGACACUGGUUACUGUAGAAACCAGAGAGACUGAAAAGAAGAAGAAGAAAGACAAGAACGGGCUGAUUAAGGAAGGCAUAUCCACGGUAACAACAGACCAUAACCACACGGCAACCAAAAAAAGUGGAAUGAAGAAAAAGAAAGGUGCGAGUGUGGUUGAAGUAUUCUUACAGGAAGGAGAGAAGAAGAAGAAGAAGAAAAGGAAACGGGAGACGGAGAAGAUGAAGACGACAGAAGGAGGAAAGAAGAGUAAAAGAGCACCUGUAGAAGAAGAGCAGAAUGUUGCGAUGUUGGAGGAGCUGCAGGAGUUUAUUCCAGACGUCAAGAAGAAAUCAGUCGAGCACAUCAAAAGACUGCUGAGAUACGACCUGCAUCGCUUCAAAGACUUCAAACAGCAAGGUGUGCCUCUGCGUCAGGGACGCUGUACUCAGCAGGAGAACCAGCAGAUUAGGGAGAAUGUCGCAAACUUCCUGGCUCUGACGGGCAUCAGCUUGGCCAAUGAGCUUCUGUUUCCUCAGAGGUACCAAGAGAAGAAGGCGGAGAUCAGGAAGCUUAAAGUACAACAUCACUUCCUGGAGAGGAUUGCUGAGGGGAUUCCUCGUACGUGUCACAUGGUUUACACCAGAGCCAAGAAGAUGUUUGACGACAGGAACUAUAUGGGAAGGUUCUCCAAGGAGGAGAUGCAUUCUCUGAAGAAGUUCCAGAACCUCCAUGGUAACGACUGGAAGACGAUCUCUCAGAAGAUGAACCGCAGCACGUACUCCUUAGAGAAGCGCUUCGCCCACACAGCUCUAGGUCGUGGUUCAUGGAGCCCAGAUGAGGUCUCUAGAUUGAAGAAGGCUCUAAAGGAUCACCUGGAGGUUCUGGUCCAUCAGAACUCAGAUCCUAGUCUGAGCAGGCACCAGCUGAGUGACGACCUGCCCUGGAGGAAGAUCAGUCAGACAGUCGGGACCAGGUCCUGGACCCAGUGUCGGCUCAAGUGGUUCUCCAUCUUGAAGGUUAAACUGGCUUCAGGUGUCACUACCUUCAAUAGAGGACCUGAAGGACUUGACGCUAAAAUCCGACUCAUCCACACGCUGUACAACAUGCGUGUGGAUGACGUAGCAGAAAUCGACUGGGACGAGGUCGCUCAGACUAUUGGGAACGUGACGACUGUGUGUGUUCAGAAAAGCUUCCACAGAAUGAAAGUCUCCAGAGUUCCUCACUGGGCCAGUUUAUCCUACGGAGAGAUCAUCGACUUCCUGCAGCUGAAGGCGGCUCCUGUCCUGAAGGAGAAACUGAAGCGGUUAAAGAUGGAGAGGAGCAGGGAGGAGGCGCAGGAGGAGAGCUUCUUGCUGUCGGACAUCGUCUCCUCACACGGCGAAGAUGACGACUACAUGGAGCUGGACAACAGUCAGCUGACCGCUGGCCAAUCACAACACAGAUAGAUCUAAACAAAGGAGUGUGAUUGGCUGUCACCUCAGUGGACGGACUUCCUGUCAGUGGGACUAAACCAGGUUUAAUCCUAACGGCGGCCUGGUUCACUUCCUGUUUUCUGUCACAUUAAAACAUUCAUUUUCA